GCACCAGGCACCGGCUCCGGGGAGAGGGGCGCCUGCAGGGACCGGCGCUUGGAGCCGCCGCCUCGCGACCCCUGCGCCGGCGGGAGCGGGCGCCCGGCGUCAUGACCCUGUUCCACUUCGGGAACUGUUUCGCGCUCGCCUACUUCCCCUACUUCAUCACGUAUAAGUGCAGCGGCCUGUCUGAGUACAACGCCUUCUGGAAGUGCGUCCAGGCCGGGGUCACCUACCUCUUUGUGCAGCUGUGCAAGAUGCUGUUCCUCGCCACUUUCUUUCCCACUUGGGAAGGCGGCAUCUAUGAUUUCAUCGGGGAGUUCAUGAAGGCCAGCGUGGACGUGGCAGACCUGAUAGGCCUAAACCUUGUCAUGUCCCGGAAUGCCGGCAAGGGGGAAUACAAGAUCAUGGUUGCUGCCCUGGGCUGGGCCACCGCUGAGCUCAUUAUGUCCCGCUGCAUCCCCCUCUGGGUCGGAGCGCGAGGCAUUGAGUUUGACUGGAAAUACAUCCAGAUGAGCAUCGACUCCAACAUCAGUCUGGUCCACUACAUCAUUGCAUCUGCCCAGGUUUGGAUGAUAACGCGCUAUGAUCUGUACCACACGUUCCGCCCAGCUGUCCUCCUACUGAUGUUCCUUAGUGUCUACAAGGCCUUUGUCAUGGAGACCUUUGUCCACCUCUGCUCCCUGGGCAGCUGGACAGCGUUGCUGGCCCGUGCAGUGGUGACGGGGCUGCUGGCCCUCAGCACUCUGGCCCUGUAUGUCGCUGUCGUCAACGUGCACUCCUAGGCAUGGUGUUCAGACAUUCAUAUACCUGCUCCCCGUUUCUCUCCAGGUUUCAGUAAACAGUAUUUGGACAGUU